AAUGCAUCUACAGCCCUCCGGGCUUUGGUUUCGCCACCUUGGACUCGGGCGGAAGGCAAGUACCGGUUGUCCUGCUGCCGAGGCUAUGUUUGUGUCCGAUUUUCGCAAGGAGUUCUACGAUCUGGUCCAGAGCCAGAGAGUCCUUCUCUUCGUGGCUUCGGACGUGGACGCCCUGUGUGCUUGCAAAAUCCUUCAGGCUCUGUUUCAAUGUGAUCAUGUGCAGUACACGCUGGUUCCAGUUUCUGGGUGGCAAGAACUUGAAACUGCAUAUCUUGAACAUAAAGAACAGUUCCGUUAUUUUAUUCUUAUAAACUGUGGAGCUAAUGUAGAUCUACUGGAUAUCCUUCAGCCUGAUGAAGAUGCUAUAUUCUUUGUGUGUGAUACCCACAGGCCAGUCAACGUUGUGAAUGUGUACAAUGACACUCAGAUCAAAUUACUCAUUAAACAAGAUGAUGACCUUGAAGUUCCUGCCUAUGAAGACCUCUUUAAGGAUGAAGAGGAGGAUGAAGAGCAUUCAGGAAAUGACAGUGACGGAUCAGAGCCUUCUGAGAAGCGCACACGGUUAGAAGAGGAAUAACCUGGACAAGCUAUACAUGGGCCUGGAACUCGCCAAAAAGAAACUACAAGCCACCCAGCAGACCAUUGCCAGCUGCCUCUGCACCAACCUUGUUAUCUCCCAGGGGCCUUUCCUCUACUGCUCCCUCAUGGAGGGCACUCCAGAUGUUGUGCUGUUCUCCAAGCCAGUAUCCUUGAGCCUGCUCAGCAGACAUCUGCUCAAGUCCUUUGUGUGUUCGACAAAGAACCGACGCUGCAAGCUGCUGCCUCUGGUGAUGGCUGCCCCCCUGAGUGUGGAGCAGGGCACAGUGACCAUGGUGGGCAUUCCCCCAGAGACCGACAGCUCAGACAGAAAGAACUUUUUUGGACGAGCGUUUGAGAAGGCGGCAGAAAGCACUAACUCCCGGACACUGCACAACCACUUUGACCUCUCAGUAAUUGAGCUGAAAACUGAGGAUCGGAGCAAGUUCCUUGAUGCUCUCGUCUCCCUGCUGUCCUGAGGAAUUUGAUUUCUUCAGAAAUGAUUUCCUUCUCCUUAUUUAUAUUACCUGGCUUUUAUUUAGAUUGUAAAUUAUGGACAAUUUCAAAUGCAGCAACGGUGGUUUUAAUAGAAUAAAAUGCUUCUUUUAUGUC